AUGACAUUGCCAAGAUCAUCUUGCGAUACAUCAUUGUUUUCAUCUUCUUGUGAUACAUCGUUAUUAUCAUCUUCGCGACAAACUGGAGGUCAUGUUCGUCGACGAAUUUUAUUGACGGUUCAUAAACGACAACAAGAAUGUCAACAACAACUUGAUACUGCUCGUGAGAAUUUGUUCAAAUGUUCUCAAAUAGAAAAUCCUAACGAAUGGCAAACAUUAUUCACAAUUGUCACGACAACGGCUAUGACUUUGGGUGAAAUUUCAAGCGAAUUGAGAAGACUUGAACAUAUUCAUGUCAAUACGCUUGGUGGUCAUCUACCUUAUUGA